AUGGAUUUCAAAGCUGGAGGUACAUUAUGUCACAUUCUUGGUGCUGCGUACAAAUAUAAGAAUGAACAGGGCUGGAGAAGUUCCUUUCCUCGUCAUAAUAGGAGGAGGUUUGACCUGCAGAAUCCAUCCCGGAUGGACCGGAAUGUGGAGAUGUUCAUGAACAUUGAGAAAACACUAGUGCAGAACAACUGUCUGAGCAGACCAACCAUCUACCUCAUUCCUGACAUUGAGCUGAAGUUGGCCAAUAAGUUGAAGGACAUUGUCAAACGUCACCAGGGAACAGUAACUGAAGAGAAAUCUAAGGCUACCCACCAUGUUUAUCCAAGUCCUACCUCAAUGGAUGAUGAUGAAUGGUUGAGACCUGUGAUGAAAAAAGAGAAGCAGGUGCUGGUGCACUGGGGCUUUUUCCCAGACAGCUAUGACACCUGGGUUCAUGCCAAUGAAAUAGAUGCUGAAAUUGAGGAUCCUCCAAUUCCUGAGAAGCCAUGGAAGGUUCAUGCCAAGUGGAUUUUGGACACAGAUGUGUUCAAUGAAUGGAUGAACGAAGAGGAUUAUGAGGUAGAUGAGAACAGGAAAUCAGUGAGUUUUCGCCAGAGAAUCUCCAUGAAAAAUGAAGAGCCUGUGAGGAGUCCAGAGAGGAGAGACAGGAAAGCAGCAGCAAGUACAAGGAAGAGAAAACAUUCUCCUUCUCCACCUCCCACUCCUGUGGAGUCCAGGAAAAAGUCAGGGAAGAAAGGGCAAGCAGCUUUGUAUGGGAAAAGAAGGGGCCAGAAGGAGGAAGAUGAGCAGGAAGAUCUUACCAAGGACAUGGAGGAUCCCACACCAGUACCUAACAUAGAAGAAGUGGUACUUCCCAAAAAUGUGAACCCAAAGAAGGACAGUGAGAACACUCCGGUGAAAGGAGGAACAGUAGCAGACCUGGAUGAACAAGAUGAGGAGACAGUGGCAACUGGAGGAAAGGAAGAUGAAGAUCCCAACAAAGGUGAUCAAAGUCGAUCCAUUGAUCCAGGUGAAGAUAAUGUCACAGAACAAACCAACCACAUCAUCAUCCCGAGCUAUGCAUCUUGGUUUGACUACAACUGUAUCCAUGUGAUCGAGCGCCGUGCACUUCCGGAGUUCUUCAAUGGGAAAAACAAGUCCAAGACUCCAGAAAUAUACCUGGCCUAUCGCAACUUCAUGAUUGACACCUAUCGCCUCAACCCUCAGGAGUACCUGACCAGCACUGCCUGCAGGAGAAACCUUACUGGGGAUGUGUGUGCUGUCAUGAGAGUCCAUGCUUUUCUGGAGCAGUGGGGCCUCAUUAACUACCAAGUGGAUCCUGAAAGCCGCCCCAUGGCCAUGGGGCCACCCCCUACUCCUCACUUCAACGUGUUGGCUGAUACCCCCUCCGGGCUGAUGCCCCUCCACAUCCGCACUCCGCAGGUUCCAGCUGCUCAGCAGAUGUUGAGUUUUCCUGAGAAAAACAAGGAGAAGCCAACUGACCUGCAGAACUUUGGGCUUCGCACGGACAUUUACUCCAAAAAGACUUUAGCCAAGAGCAAAGGCGCAAGUGCUGGAAGAGAAUGGACAGAGCAGGAAACACUGCUGCUGUUAGAAGCUCUAGAGAUGUACAAAGAUGACUGGAACAAGGUCUCGGAGCACGUUGGGAGCCGUACCCAGGAUGAGUGCAUCCUCCACUUCCUGAGGCUUCCCAUUGAAGAUCCCUACUUGGAGAACUCAGAUGCAUCCCUGGGCCCUCUGGCUUACCAGCCCGUGCCCUUCAGCCAGUCUGGCAACCCCGUGAUGAGCACUGUGGCCUUCCUGGCGUCCGUGGUGGAUCCUCGCGUGGCCUCGGCUGCGGCCAAGGCUGCCUUAGAGGAGUUUUCACGGGUCAGGGAGGAGGUACCCCUGGAGCUGGUGGAAGCUCAUGUAAAGAAAGUCCAGGAAGCAGCACGAGCCUCUGGGAAGGUGGAUCCAACCUAUGGACUGGAGAGCAGCUGCAUUGCUGGCACAGGACCAGAUGAGCCCGAGAAGAUGGAUGGAGCUGAAGAAGAAAAGAUGGAAACAGAGUCAGAGGGGCAGCAGGCUGAGAAGGUGGAAAGCAAAACCGAGAGUGAAAUUGAGGAAGGAGAUAAAGCACCAGAAGGAGAAAAUGAGAGAAAUUCAGAAAAGGAGCCUGAGAGCGAAGUGGCUGCAGAGCCCAAGCCAGAGGAGAAGGAGGCAGAAGAGAACAAGGAGAACCUUGAUGCCAGCAAGGACAAAGAGAAUGAGGCUGGGAAGAAGAAAGUGGAACAUGAGAUCUCGGAAGGAAAUGUUGCCACAGCUGCAGCUGCUGCCUUGGCCUCCGCUGCCACCAAAGCCAAGCACCUCGCAGCAGUGGAGGAAAGGAAGAUCAAGUCUCUGGUUGCUCUUUUGGUGGAAACCCAGAUGAAGAAGCUGGAGAUAAAACUGCGCCACUUUGAGGAGCUGGAAACCAUUAUGGACCGAGAGAAGGAGGCAUUGGAGCAGCAGAGGCAGCAGCUGCUGACAGAACGCCAGAACUUCCACAUGGAGCAGCUGAAAUAUGCGGAGUUAAGGGCUCGCCAGCAAAUGGAGCAGCAGCACAGCCAGAACCCCCAGCAGCCUCACCAGCACCCCAGUGGGCCUGGCAUGAACCCCCUUGGGGCACCAGCACACCCAGGCCUCCUGCCCCAUCAGCAGCCUCCACCAUACCCCAUGAUGCACCACCAGAUGCCACCACCUCACCCACCUCAGCCAGGUCAGAUGCCAGGGCCGGGUUCCAUGAUCCCUGGCCAGCCCAUGCCAGGCCGGAUGAUGCCAAGUGUGUCGGCCAACAUCCACCCAGCAGGCGGUGGUCCUCCCCCGCCCGGGAUGUCACCGAUGUCGGGGAACCUCAUCGGACCUCGCGUUCCUCUGGCAGCUCCCAACGGCAUGUAUCCCCCUCCGGCACAGCCUCCGCCACCUGCGGAAGGGGUGACCCCCCCUCCAGCCGGAGCCCCUCCAGCCUCAGCCGCUCCCUAA